AUCUUGCUGUACAGUGGGGACCCAGCUUUACGAAAAACCGACACGUUAUCCCUUCACUCGUAAGACGAAAUGUGCCUGAUUUUGUAAGUUUUUACCAUAACUGUGUCAUGUGUGAUAUCAAGUACUUAUCCCCGGGGCUGUGACUCAAAAACAGUUUUCUAUUUUGCUUUAUGGACGGUGGCAAGCCGCCGUUAUCGUCGGGUGUUGCAGUUGCAUGAAUGGCUGGAACGGUUGCCAAGCGGCCUGUACACAAUUUUAGUCAUGUUGACCUCCAGUCCGUGAAAAAAAGGGAAGGGGAACGAGAGUAUAGCGACCAUCCUGAAAGGUCUGCAGCACAAAGAAUGGAUGAAGAUGACAUUCUGGCACAGCUAGAAGACGAUGGAUAUGCCGAACAGAGAGCCUUCAUUCUGGAUGAUCUCACCCAGAAAGUUCGCCGAGAUGGGGGCAGGUUACCCUUCGAUAAUCGACAUGCGCUUUUUCGGGGGCUGACGCUAGUGUUGCUGGACCAGAACUGGGAAGUAAGGUUGAAAUGCAUUCAGUUCAUUUGUGAACUCAUCCCCCAGUUUGGGCCAGAGUUAGACUCCUGCAUGGCCAUUGUACUACCGCAGAUCGUGGCCAAUCUGGGGGACAGCAGAGUUGCCAUUCGAAAAGCAGUCAUUCAGACACUACACAUACACAUGAAACACACAACCAAUGUGCAGCAAAUUUUCACCAUCCUAGUCACCCAUGGCCUCCAAAGUAGAGAUCCCAAAGUUCGCAUGGAAGCAACCAUCCAAUUACCUGUACUACUAACAAGAGAGUUUGCCUCAGUGGAUCUUUCGAGCAUCACUCAUGCUCUGGCUAAGAAGUUUUGCGAGGAUAAAGAUGAAACUCUCAUUGACACCGCUGGAAUUUCACUAGAAAGAAUACGAUCUUUAGUCGGUAAACAGCAGUUUGAUUCUUACAUUCAGCAAUUGCCAUCGCGUGAUAGAAAUGCAUACAACCAGCGUGUAGUCAGUGCCGUUAGACCUAGGGAUACUGAAAUACAUGUACACAAACCAGCACCGGAUGAAUCCAGUCCUGGUCAUAACAAGGAACAAAAGUUGGGGUCAAGUUCCAGGUGGCAAGGAGAUACUGAAAAUGGAGAGCGAUACGAGUUUGGAAUUAUACCAAAGCAUGUUAUGGACCAGUUGCUGGAUCAGACACAGUGGAAAACAAGAGCCAAUGGGGUACAGGAGCUGAAGACCAUCAUCUCUGCACUGGAUGAUGCUUCUCGCAUUGUACCUCACAUGCUUGCAUUCAUAAGCUUUCUCUGCAAUCUCCUUGAUGAUGUCAAUUUUAAAGUGACACUGUUGACCCUUGAAAUCUAUGGUGUGCUGGUCACCAAGCUCAAUACAGACGUGAAACAGUUUCUGAAACCUCUUAUAGCUGCGCUCACAAAGCGAUUUGGGGACAACAAAGUGGUUAUCCGCCAGGCCAAUAUGAAGGUCCUCAUGCAGCUGAUGCACGUGCUGACCCCACAGUCAGUGGUCAGUGCCAUUGGUGACAGCCUGAAACACCGUAAGUCAGGUGUGCGCGAGGAAGCACUGAACAUUAUCAUAGCCUCGCUGCUGACCUUCCCCAGCUAUGACUUUGACCUUGCCAAGCUCUGCCAGAUGCUGGCUCCCAUGCUUGCCGAUGCCAAGCGCCGCGUCAGACAGGCAGCCUUGGAGUCAUUCGCAGUUCUAGCCCAGGCCAUGGGACCCAGCAGGAUUCAACCACUCAUCCACGCUGUUGAUCAAGUGGAGCUCAACAUGGAUGAAGACGGGGUCAUGAAAGCAGUGCAGGCAAGACUUGCUCGCAGGCGCUUACCCAGGCUCAAUGAGGAUGGCCUAGUGGAGUACGCAACUGCCAUACCCACGUCUGCUACGAGCAGAAACAAUCCAAGCAUGUCCAAAGAAAACGAUGUACAAUGGAUAAUGAAAGGAACAGGGAGUAUAACCUCAGGCAGUGCUAGAGAGAGGAGCCACGUGGACCCAAGGAGUCUCGAACUAUCUCAACCCUCACCUACACGUGCCAUCCCUGGACAAACUUCCAAUCAGGAGUCAUCCCCACCAAAGAGAUACUUCAGCGCAGGGAGAGGGAGGGGCAAACUACCAUGGGAGGAAGAGAGUGAUACUUUGGAACCAGAAGAAAGUUUGCCGCCUGGGAACAGUGUCAGUAGGACGCAUAUUAUCAGCAGUGCACCAACACAGAAGAAGCGUGAUGAAGAGAAACCGCCACCAAUCAAAGCGCGCAACACUUGGGACAGCGUGGAGGAGACAACAGACAUGGCCCCCCAGGACCGGCGCCGCCCGUUCAGCCUACAGAUAGCACCCACAGAUGCAUCCCCAGACACCAACUACGGAAUGGCCGGCUCUUAUCGUCAAAUCCAUCUUGAUAAACUGAAGAGGCAGUCAUUGGCUGCCUACCCGGGCUCACGAGGGAGCCCUCAUGAUGACCAGCAAGGGAGCUUGAGUGCACCAGCCACUGAGAGAGAUUGGAGUCCCUGGCGCAUCAAGGAGGACAGCAAGCCUGAGGACGACAACCAUUUUGGUGGUCAUGAUCCUUUUGCUGGCAGCCCUGCUACCAUCCUCAGGAAGCGUCCGAGCAUCAGGCAGGACUCUGACGACCCCGAAGCUCGGCUGCCACCCACAGACAAGUACGUGUCCUCCUUUGGAUCUGGCACCCUGAGGGAGAAUGGGACGGUGGGAGUAGGGUCCAGAGGUUACCGGAAGAGCCUGUCCAACUCCUGGCCGGAGUCCCACUUCCUGCCAGACGAAGGGUCAAAGGGCAAGAAAAAGGUCAACCAAAGAGCAGAUCCGCCAAAUCUCCCAGACUGGUCCCCAGAAUAUGAACCCAAGAAAUCCAAGGGUGCUGCCAUGGCAUCUCCCAUUCCCCUCAAGCCUACUCUUGCACGAUCAGCCGGGCGGAGGGGACAGGGGCGGACCAUUUUGGACCCAUUGGACCGGAACCAGGCUUACAAGGGCAUGGACGACAUCGAAGAUUUGGAUCUGUAUGCUGAUGACUUUGAAUUGUCAGACGAAGACAGUGAGCCAGACUUAAGUUCCUUGCAAAAUGUACGGAGCAGUGCAGCCAAGAAGAGAGCGGAGAAGCUAGCAUCUCGCGACCUGGACAGACACUGCCAGUCCAAUAAUAACCUGUCUUCAACAGUCUCCCCCUUGGACGAAAGCGGCUUCUUCAGUAUGUUCUCCACCAUGAACAGCAGCAAGAUGGAGGAUUCGCUGGAGAGGUAUCCUGUCUCUAAGAAGAAAGGGCUGAAGGCCAACUCUGAUGUUCCCUUCAGCACAAAGCCCAGGAUGGCCAGGUCUUCAUCAGGCAAAGGCAGCCGCCGAAACUCCCUGGACCGGCCCGAGGACAGCCCAGACGCCGUCCCCUUUGAGUACAGCCCGUCGUCUGGUGUGACCUUCCGCCACAAGCCCACCUCAGAUGUCAGCAUCGUCGGCCAGGGCUAUGGCAGCAACCGGACCAGCUCCCCGCCCAUCCCAACACAUGCCCACAAAGCACAGAAUGGACAGGAGAGAAGGCGCCAACAAAAAGGUCCUUUGCUGUCGCCUCUUUCCAUGGCUUCGUUGCACCACACAGGAGGAAUAGAUGUCAGUGAUCAGAACAACAGUGCCAGGGAGGACUUGGCCAUCGUCAUCGGCAAAAAUGUUUUCAACGGCAAGAACACUGGCUCAGACGCCUCACCAACGUCCAACUUGAGGAAGAAGAGUGACGCCAAGGAGGGUGGGGUCAAAGGUCGCCAUUACACACGGAACUCCAGUUCGCCUGAGAGCGAUGGCCAAGUGGAAAACGGGGAAGAGGAUGCAUAUAACAUAGCCAUGUCCAGAGCACUCCAGGACAAGAUGGUGGAGAGGCAGCUGGCACAGAAGAAGGAAUUGGAGCAGCGCCAAGCCGAGGUACAGGCCUUACGGGAGAAAGCCCAGCAGGAGAGGGAGGAGCGACGUCGGACCAUGGAGGCAGAGCGCCGCCAGGCCAUGGAGGAGGAGCGUGAGGCCCAGCGGAAGGCGGCGGAAGAGGAGCGAGAGGCCAAGAGGCGGGCCCUGGAGGCGGAGAGGGAAGAGAGGCGGCGCAUACUUGAGGAGAAGGCCAAGAGGAGGAAAGAGGCCGAGGAGAAGAGGGAGGCACGCAACCGGGCCUUGGAGGAGGAACGUAAGGAGGCCUAUCGCAAGGCUAAGGAAGAGGAAAGAGAAAGAGCAAGGCAGAGGGCUGAACAGAGACAGCGGGAUAAGUUGAGACAUCUGGAGAUGGAAAAUAACACAGCAGCAGGUAUAACAGACCUACAAAUAUCAGGUUCCAACCCAGCCAACCCCACAACAAGCCCAGCUGAAGUGGACCUAGCUGCAGAUAUGGAGACAGGGACUGAAGCCCCUCACAGCCCCACCAAGGUAGUGGGAAAGCCUCCAGUGGCCGGCAUCACACCCAAGAAGAAGAAAGCCAAAUCGCCUACGGAGCCAGCAUCGCCCAAACACCACAACCUGGGGCGGAGCAUCUCAGGUGGCUCUCAGUCUGGCACACUGAACGCUUCACUCCACGAGGCCAACAGUGACGUGUCUGAGAUGAGACCAUUCAGUCAUCCUGACAAGGUGCUGCAAGAUGCCUUGAAAUUACUCGGCAAUGAAGAUUGGGAGGCUAAGAUGGACGGGUUACAGAUUGUCCGCAGACUCUCCACCUUCCAUCAAGAAGAGGUCAUAGGUCAAAUGCACACGGUAGUUGUGGCUGUCCUGAAUGAAGUCAAGAACCUGCGGUCCUCAGUCUCCAAGAUGGCAAUCAUGACGAUGGGGGAUAUGUUCCAGGAACUGCAGCAGGCACUGGAUAAAGAGUUAGAGCAAAUUUGCAAGAUCCUGAUGCCCAAGGCAGGUGAGAGCAACGCCUUCAUCAGAGAAGACGUGGAUAAGGCACUGGACUCAAUGGUGCAGAAUGUCAGUCCCCAGAGGGCGCUGUGCGCACUCAUCAGUGCUGGUGUCAGUCACAAAAACCAAACAGUCCGCAAGACCACAGCUAUGCACCUGAAUACACUGGUGGACAGGAUGGGGCCCGGGCGGCUGCUUAGUGGUGUCAAGGACAUCACAGACAAGAUCCUGCCAGCUGCUGCUAGCCUGGCCCUGGACAACGGCCAAGAAACGAGGUUUUACGCCCGCAAGAUGCUGUACUCCAUGAUACAUCACGAGUCUUUCAACAAACUGAUAGAGAAGUAUGUGCCAGCGAAGGACCUGAGAUCCCUGAAAGAAGUGCUGGAAAACCUCAGGCUGAAGGGUCCAGGCGAUUUACCCCAUGACAGCUCCUCAGCCCGCGUCCGACGGAGUCAUUCCAACACACGCAAUAAUUCUGGCUCCAGCCCAGCCUCCCGGGACAAGAUAGACUCUGCUGGCAGUGAUCAUGCCUUGUCCAGCUCCAUGCGGCGGACCAACAGGAACUCAUCCCGUGGCUCUGAGACCAAUCAGGAGACUGUCAAAGACCUAUGCAAAUUACUUUCCGCAGCCGAUUGGACAGAGAGACUCCAGGGAAUUACUCAAGUGCAAGAGUUGGCCGAGACCAAUGUUGAACUCAUCACCGCAAAUAUUAUUAAGAUCUUUGACAACUUCACCUCGCGGCUGACCGACUCCAAUAGUAAAGUCAAUCAAGUGGCACUUCAAACCAUGCUGAGUAUGGUACCCAGACUUGGGGAAUACCUGGGUGCUGUGGUAACAGGGGUGGUGCCUGUGGUGUCAGGUAACCUUGCUUCUAAGAAUGCAGUUAUAUGCAAAACAAGUGAAGAUAUCCUGGACAGCAUUAUAGAGCAUGUUGACAAGAUUGUCUUGAUACAGCCCUUUUCCUCGGCCACACAAUAUGGCAAUGCUCGAGUUAAGCCAAAGAUGGUGGAAAAGCUGGCAUACCUGUCAACGCAGGUAUAUCCACGCAAGCAACAGACAGUGGUCCGCAAUGUUCUGCCAGUGCUCUGGCAUCUCCUGGGCAGCUUGACAGGCAGCGGGGCAGUGCCGGGGGGAACGGGCAACCUCAGGGGUGCCGUCAACAAACUUGCUAAGGAGUUACACAGUGUCAUGGGGGAAGCACUUGUGCAGCAUGCCAGCAGCCUACCACCUAGACAGCGCAACACCUUGAUGGAAAUCCUGGGUGUAUAACAGCACAUCCUCCAAGCAUACACGUGUACAUAAGUGGACAAACAAAGAAACAAAUAUAUUUAUAUAUUACAGAAACUAUACACACUAUGAAUUUUGAAAUUUUCUUGAAAUAUUGAGUGUUGAUGUGAUGAGAAGUUUGUGUGUUCCUUAGUUAUUUGAUCGAAUGAGUUGUUGCAGUCAUCUCGGUGAUCAGCUGGUUUUCCCACUACCUCCAAAAUAAAAACUUACAUGUGUUUCAGAUGUAUGCCUUUCUCUCUUGGUGCAUUCAUUUUGAGCUGUGAUAUAAAAGGAAACAAGCUAUCGCCAAAGUUUUUUUCAUUUGGUUCACAAAUGACUUGCAAUUCACGGAUGUAUUUAGAGUGUUAAAAGAAUGGACCUCUUUUAUUCCUGGAACUGGGUUCAAGAAUGAAGUAUCCAUUAAUCAGUGUUAAUUCCUCAAGACACUUUUCUGUGUAUUCAUUUCCAUUUUCCCCAUAAUAUUCUAGUGUUGGUGGUAGGAAGGUUGUUUUUCGGUAAGAAAAUUGACUUCCCCUUACGCUGUGUUUGCCUUUUUGUUGUAUCACUCAGUAACCAAAUGUGUGUCAGGUGCCUGGCACUUCAAAAAUACAUGGAUAUAGACACCACAGUGCCUACAAGUCAAGAAGCACAUAGAACAGUUAACCCUCCUAUGCUGAAGUCACUCUUUGGGUCACUUGGUAAACACCUCAAAGAAGCACAGCUGUGUUGUGUUGU